CUGGGGGCCCGGGGGCGGCGGGGCGGGGGUCGCCGCCGGACCUGCCCGGCUGCGUGGGGGACCGACCUCUACGGACCAGAGCCCGCCCUACCAACGCAGGUCUCAGGCACUUGCAUGUUGAACGGCCCCCUUAAGCGGAAGGCGGGGCCGGGCCGUCACUCAACGAGGCCCCGCCCAUCAGGGCGGGCCCACGCUCGCGGAGGGCCUGCCCAGGAAGGUGUCGCGAAAGGGGUCGGGGCGGGGCUGCGACGUCGUGCUGCCGACGCACGCCUCCGCUAGGCCCCGCCCACCCCGUUCAAAACACUGGGCUCAACAUGGCGGCGCUCAUGCGGACGCUUGACCCGGCUGUCCCGGGCGCGGGAGUGCCUGAGUCAUCCCAACGGGAGAGUCCAGGCGGCCAAGGCAUACCGAACCUGCCUCAGAUACUUGGGGAUGUAUACAUGUGUGGAAUAUGACCACUGAUGGUGAGCAAAGAGAUGAUCUGCAAACCCACCCUUUUUCGGGAGGGGAUCCUUGGAACUCAGGCGAACAUUACCCCCUUCAUUACAGAGUGUUACAAAUGAUCUCAGAUGUGCUGUGUCCCUGCUUUUCCCCGUCAACCCACAAAGUAGUGCUGCACCAGGCCAGGAUGAAUCUGAAUGAGUAGGCAGGAAGAAAUCAUCUGAUGAAUGUUAUCUACAGAAUUAUAAACUGCAAAUGAGGAAUUUUUUCCACAUGCCUCUUCCACCAAAACGGCAUAAAGGAAGAGACGAUCCAAGGUGUGCGAUGGAAGAGAACUUAGAAGCCAGGGGUGGGGAUUGCGUCCCUUUCCCCCAAGCAGGGAACCACCGUGCACUGUCAAUGGUACUCCUUUGCCCGAAGAAGAGACUCGUGGACUUUGUAGAACUGCCUAAAACCUGGGAUUCAUGAAUUCACACGUCUCUCCUGGCGGUCUCUGGAACACAGUGGACCUGUAGCCAGGAGAUGAGACCUGGGGAGGAACGGUCAGGGGCAUGCAGCCCUGCUGGCUUUGAUGAUGGAGGAAGGGGGUCCAUGAACCAAGGACGCAGCCUCUGGAAGCUGCCAACGCAAGGACACGAUCCUCCCCUGGAGCCUCCAGAGGGAACACAGCCCUGCUCACACCUCGCCUUCAGCCCCUGAGGCCUGUGUUGGCCUUCUGACCUUCAGGACUGUGCGAUAAAAUGGGGGGGUGGGGUGGGGAUUGCCUCUACAUUUGUGGUAAUUAGUUACAGCUGUGAUAGAAAAUGAACACGUCUCACUCAUUAGUUCAAAACACAUUUUUGAGUGUUGGAUAAACGACACAUGGUACCUACCCUUUUAAUUUUGUGACGGAAAUGCUGUGGGAUACAGAAAGUCCUGUGUCCUCAAUUUGGACAGUGGGAAAAGACGGGACAGAGGAAGAGUAUUUCUCACUCAGACCAUCAGGAAGUUGCCAGGAGGAGAAGAAAAGAAUGAAGUUGUUCCUUUCCUCUUCUGAUGCCCCCGCAGCACAGACUCAGCCAUCGGUAUUCUGGCAUGAAGAGAGUUCUGUGCCCCCAGUCUUUGGAAAGUUUCACAGGCUGGGCACCUCCUGUCCGCAGCCAACAAUGAUGUUUUGUGUCUUCAUCCCGGUUGAAGGGCCUGGCACAGAAACAGCAGAGCCUAUUCAUUCCUGGAGCGAUUUUACAUACGCGAGACCGAAGCCAAGAUUCAUGUCUUCUUCCCCCGACGUGCUCGUUCAACCACAUUCUGGUUUUGUAGUUUGCUUCAUUGGGCCCCUUACUCAAGCAAACUAAGCCAACGUGAGACUUUCUGCAUCCUAUUCAUUUCUCAACCAGCACGUCAACCCAAUGACGGCAAAACAGAUAAAACAGAAGAGCAAUGAUUAUCAGAAGCCAAGACGAUGAUCAUAAGAAGAAGCCAGCUCUAAUUUUAUCUCCGCCACCUUGCUGAAACAUGGUAAUCUCUACACCCAACAUGGGGCUCAAACUCAUGAUCCUGGGAUCAAGAGCCAGAGGCUCCACCUACUGAGCCAGCCAGGUGCCCCUAAAUAAGGAAUCUUUAAGUGGAAAGACACAUAAAACAAGACAGCUGGGUGUGAAAAGCUCACAGAGUUCAACAACGAAAAUCAGAGCCCCCCGCACGACGCUCCCUGCCAAUGGGUGAGUUUUGACGAGGCGUUCCUACAAGUGCCAUCGCCACGAGUCCGCUCAGAAUCGGAACGGUGGCGAUCACGGGCCCCGUUCGUCUGACAAGACGUCGUGUGACAGGUCCAGUGACUCAUCACGGCUUUCUGUUCCGAGUGGGAUGGAAUUCUCCCCAAGCCAACAGUGUGAAUUUAGGCAAGGGCUGCACACGUCUUGAGGAUUUAUACGGGAUGAAGCCCGGAAGAGCAUGAGGCAAAAACUGGAAGAGCCCCUCAGAAUAGAUUGAACAGGUCACACACCCAGUCUUUGGAAUCACGAAAUAGGUCAUCUGAUCAAGAAGCAUGAACGAUCACGUUGGAGUAAAAAUACACUUGGCUUCUACCUUCAGAGAGUCCAAUAUCUAGUUCACGGUGUAAAGAAAGCAGACUUCGGCACAUGCUCAAAAUCCUAUCUGUAUGUAUUCUGUGUUUGAUUUUGGGUAACAAACCGGGAAAUGCUUCUGGUAGUUUUAAUGAUUCGUGGAGCUGUUGCCAAGAAAGGCAGCAAUGAAAGUCUGGGAGAUGCGGAGCUUUCGCAGGACGGAGAUUUCUGAUGAGCAUCGUUGUUGCUCCCGGAAAGUUCCAAGACAGCAAGCAUGAGCCAUGGAGGAGCGCAGGGAACGCACACGCCACGGGGGACGCAUCAGUCGGCCCGGAGGCACUGACACACACACACGCGCACCGAGGGCUAAGGCUCUAUCGUGCACUUAGUUGAGAAAACAUAUUUUUGUAGCCAGCGUGACAUGUCUUAGAAGAACAAACAUUUGUAUAUUAAGGACGGUGCGUUGCUUUUAUUUUGAAGAACAGCUUACUUGGCUUCAGCAAAAGACCCAUGUGUCACCUGUCCGGCUCUCUUUCGCUAGAACAGCAGCAGCUGCUGGUACUUCUUCCUAAAACUUCCAGACCGGCAUCUCGUGCUGAUGGAAGGGAACGGAAGACAAGUGUCUGUCGGAACUCCUGGGAUCUAUUGCUGUAGAGUCCCGUCCUGUCACGUCAUUUGUCGCAGGAAAAGCAAGCAUGUGGGGAGGUGGUACGUGUGAUGUGCCAUCAAGAAUGAAUGCCCUUUCCAGGGGCGCCUGGGUGGCUCAGUUGGUUAAGCGACUGCCUUCGGCUCAGGUCAUGAUCCUGGAGUCCCGGGAUCGAGUCCCGCAUCGGGCUCCCUGCUUGGCAGGGAGUCUGCUUCUCCCUCUGACCCUCCUCCCUCUCAUGCUCUCUGUCUCUCAUUCUCUCUCUCUCAAAUAAAUAAAUAAAAUCUUUAAAAAAAAAAAAAAAAUUAAAAAAAAAAAAAAAGAAUGCCCUUUCCAGACAUGAAGCAAAAAGAAGCCUCAUGCAUGUGUGCAAUGCUAAGGAACAGUCUGAGCUGGCCGAUGCAGGAGAAGUCAAAGGGAACGUGAGGAAGGAUUUCUGUAAGAUUUCCGUGGACGGAGAGAUCGCUUCCCAACUCAGACAGCAAAGAAAGGCCUUCCGGAGGAAUCGAGGCUGAGCCUGGCUGUGCAGGAUGCCUUCUGAGUUCCCGCCACGCACCUCUUGUGUUAACUAAACCCCUAUCGAUGUGUUAUCAACAGCUCUGCUGCUCUGGGAACCAGGGCCUUCAUUUUCCUGGAAUGGGUUUUCCAAAAAGGAAAACAUACCUGUAUAUUGUGCAUCAGCCACAUGUUUAAAACUGUGCACUGGGGAGCCCCUUCCAGCUCUGCAGCCCAAAGUACUUCAGCCUUGUCUUAAUUAAACCCACACUAGUCUUGAUUUGGUACAAGAAAUACGAUAUUGUGCAUGAGGCUAUAAACACAAGCUGCCAAUGAAUGGAUCGUUCAUUUCCCUUAGCAAGUAUGUUUCGAGUGUCUGUGAUGGACACAGUUUUGCACUAGACAGGACUCCUGUUAUAAAGAAGCAAGAAAUCCUGGAGCACAGACAAGGAGUGACCAGAGAAAUACAAAACCCUUAAGUGGAAUGCAAGAGAUGUGUCUGGCAUGCAAACCUUUUCACAGGGUCCUGGGUACAGGUGUGAUUCCGUUCCCAGGUUGUCUGAGUCAGGGUUCUCCAGAGAAACAGAAGCAAGGGCAGAGUAUUUGGAGAUGCAUCCCGAGGAACUGGCUCCCGUGACUGGGGGAGCUGAGAGGCCCCCACAUCUGCCAUGUGCGAGCUGGAAACCCAGGGGGCCGGUGGCGUGAAGCGCAGUGUGAGGGUGGAAGAGGGUGAAAUGCGAUGUGCCAGAACUGGAGUGCUGUGGUUCGUCAUCGGACACACGUGCACCAUGCUGAGGUGAAACGUGAACACUCGGGAGGGUGGCUGAGGGCGGACUGGCCACCCUGGAGUUUCUUGGCAACUUUUCCGUAAAUCUAAGGCUGUUCCACAGUGACACGUUUCUGGGUGGGUUGGUUUGCUUUAAACGGGAGGGAAUCCUGGGUGGCAAGAGGGGACUGAGAUAACGGGUGCAAGGUGGGACAUUCAGCGGUGGCUGCAGGAUGGUCACCCACUGUUGGGGUUGACGGGAUUAAGGACGGCGGUAGUUCGGAGGUGAUGGAGGAGAAACGUGGUUUUCAGGGCCCAAGUGGCAAGAAGACGUGAGCUCGGAAGGAGUUUGUAUCUGGACGUGGCUGGCUGGAGGGUUCGAGCUGGGACCCUCGGCAGGAGCGCCUCCAGCACCGGGCUGAGGCCCAGAGAAGAAGGAGCUGGAACGGACUAGCACGGGGAGGUCGGGGCGGCCUGGGGUCUCAGGGACACAGCGAGCAGCGUGCACGGGAGAGGGAGGAGCUCUGCAGGCCACGCACUGACAGCCACGGUGGAGCCGGGAAGCUGGUAGCCGGAGAGACGUCACAGUGAAUGAGUCCGGUGUAGACACCGGGUGCGGGGGAGACAGCAUGAGUUCCACAUUUAAGGAGAGUAAAGGAGGCUUCGGGAAAGGAGAAAUGGAGAAGGCUGUAUUGUGCCCCAGACGAUUUGUGAGGGAGGCUUGACAAGAUGGGGCAUCCGGGUACGGCAGGGUUUCUCGACCUCUGCACUGCCGGCCUUGGGGCCCGAUGGGCCUCGGACGGGGGUGUCCUGCACCCUGCAGCCUGGGGGGCUGCCUCCCUGCCUCCACCCUCCACCCACCACGCGGCAGGAGCACUCACGGUCCCCAGCCGCCGCAACCAAAACUGUCUCCAGACGUGGCUGCACGUCCUCGCGGGGAUGCAGAGCCACUGAUUUGGAACUGAACUCAGUCUGUGGGGCAGAGAGGAGCCUGCCGGGGGAAAAGGGAAGACAGGGAAGAAAGAGGGAGACAUUUGUAUCUAUUUCUGCUUUGUACAAGCCUCGACUCCAGCCGCCAGCAUCAGUACCCUUAGAAGCACCCCCCGUGGGAUCUGCUGGAUGAAUUUUGUAGGCAGGAAAUAUGUGUAUUGUGUGUGUCCUGUCAACCAAGCCAAAGUUCACAUGUACUAAUUCCCUUGCAACGUGGGAAGAAUUACUCUAUGUUUGCAGGCCCAGAUCCCAGGCUGAGCCGGGCCACACACAGAGCUGCGAAUGCCCAGAACAUUGAUUGUGUACGCCUCACGUGAGGCGGCCCUGUUUGCAGAACGGAGCAGCUGUUUGUGGCAGAUGUGAGGGAACAGUCGGGCUAGCAGCACGCUCCUCAGAGGCAACAGAGCCAGGAAGCGCUUUCCAGACCAACCAGUGCCCUCACGCUUCUUUCCUUGCUUGCUUGUGUGCCUACUAGCUCAGUCCUUACGGGGCCCCUUCCUCGCCCCGUGCGUCUUCCUGGAAAUGUGUGACAUCCCAUGACCCGGGUGCAGCCGAGGAUGGUACGCACAGCAAGCCAUGCAGGGCAAAGGCCUUCUAAAAACAAGCUAGUUGUGUCUAGAAGCUUUGCAGGCUCUUCCAGAGCAUCGGGCACUCUUUAUUAGUAAAUACUGUUGCUUCAGGAUUCUUAACUUGUGCCCUCGUCAUGCCCACCAGGUGUGGUGUGAUGAGAAGGGCAGUUCACUUCCAUGGGGUUCUUCCCCCCAAACCCAUACGCCCAGAUGAAUGCUCUUCAAAUCAGCCAAACCCAGAUUGGGGGGCGUUUUACAAAAUACCUGACUAGUAAGCCUCAGAAUUGUCAAGGUCAUGAGAAACAAGGAAACACAAAACGCCAUACAAUGUGGGGCACUCAUAGACGUGAAGAUGACCGCAGUGUGGGCCCCUCCGGGGAAUCCGGGACGGGAAGAAGGCAUUACCCCGGAGAACUGAAGAAACCCAAGCACGGUGAGGACUGUAGCUAAUAAUACGGCAGCAACGUUCAUCUCAGUCGUGACAAACGUCCGGUGGUUGUGUAAGAUGUGAACAUCUCAGGGCCGCACAGGAACUCUCUCUACUCUUUCCAACUUUCCGUUCAUCCAGAAUUAUUCACAAAGUUUAUUUAAAGAAAACUGCAUCCUUAAGAAGUUGGGCAGGUGUAAGUUUUAAAUUCCAACAGCAUUAACUGGGCAGCCAUGAAAUAGCUAGUCCUGAAUCUGAUUUGCAAGUUCAAGUCAAGGCCAAGAAGAUGCAGUCCUGGUGCGAAGCGGUUACAGGUGAAGACAAACAACUGCUGAGCAGGUGACGAGUGGAAGCCAGCAUUGUGGACAUGUAAUUCCAUGCUAAGCGCACGGCAUCUUAUGUCAGAAGUAUGUGUUGUGACAGGUGAGGAAACCUAAGCGCACUGUGCCUCAGCCGCGUGUCCCCUAUACACAACUGCGUGGAGCAGACUUGAGUUGGAUUCUCUUGCGUCCACGGAAAAUGCCCCCAUUUUCCACUCAAUGCAGCUUUGGUGCAAAAACGUAGGACACAGGAGAAGAGAUUAAAGAGGAUGAAGACAAGAUCUACAUAUUCCCAAGUUAGAAAUAGCUGUGUGGACAGGCAUAAAAUGGGGAGAAGAGAGAGCAGUUGGGAGAGUGGAGAAGGCUGUGUUGUGGGUACAAGGAGCAGCUGGGAGAGUGGAGAAGCCCGUGCUGUGGGUACAAGGAGCAGCUGGGAGAGUGGAGAAGCCCGUGCUGUGGGUACAAGGAGCAGCUGGGAGAGUGGAGAAGCCCAUGCUUUGGGGUACAAGGAGCAGCUGGGAGAGUGGAGAAGCACAAGCUGUGGAGUACAAGGAGCAACUGGGAGAGUGGAGAAGCCUGUGUUGUGGGUACAAGGAGCAGCUUGGAGAGUGGAGAAGCCCGUGUUGUGGGUACAAGGAGCAGCUGGGAGAGUGCAAAAGCCCGUGCUGUGGGUACAAGGAGCAGCUGGGAGAGUGGAGAAGCCUGUGUUGUGGGUACAAGGAGCAGCUUGGAGAGUGGAGAAGCCCGUGUUGUGGGUACAAGGAGCAGCUGGGAGAGUGCAAAAGCCCGUGCUGUGGGUACAAGGAGCAGCUGGGAGAGUGGAGAAGCCUGUGCUGUGGGGUACAAGGAGCAGCUGGGAGAGUGGAGAAGCCCGUGUUGUGAGUACAAGGAGCAGCUGGGAGAGUGGAGAAGCCCAUGCUUUGGGGUACAAGGAGCAGCUGGGAGAGUGGAGAAGCACAAGCUGUGGAGUACAAGGAGCAACUGGGAGAGUGGAGAAGCCUGUGUUGUGGGUACAAGGAGCAGCUUGGAGAGUGGAGAAGCCCGUGUUGUGGGUACAAGGAGCAGCUGGGAGAGUGGAGAAACCCGUGCUGUGGGUACAAGGAGCAGCUGGGAGAGUGCAGAAGCCCGUGCUGUGGGUACAAGGAGCGGCUGGGAGAGUGGAGAAGCCCGUGUUGUGGGUACAAGGAGCGGCUGGAAGAGUGGAGAAGCCCGUGCUGUGGUUUACAAGGAGCAGCUGGGAGAGUGGAGAAGCCUGUGUUGUGGGUACAAGGAGCAGCUUGGAGAGUGGAGAAGCCUGUGUUGUGGGUACAAGGAGCAGCUGGAAGAGUGGAGAAGCCCGUGCUGUGGUUUACAAGGAGCAGCUGGGAGAGUGGAGAAGCCCGUGCUGUGGUUUACAAGGAGCAGCUGGGAGAGUGGAGAAGCCUGUGUUGUGGGUACAAGGAGCAGCUGGGAGAGUGGAGAAGCCUGUGUUGUGGGUACAAGGAGCAGCUGGGAGAGUGGAGAAGCCGGUGUUGUGGGUACAAGGAGCAGCUGGGAGAUUGGAGAAGCCCGUGCUGUGGGGUAGAAGGAGCAGCUGGGAGAGUGGAGAAGCCUGUGUUGUGGGUACAAGGAGCAGCUGGGAGAGUGGAGAAGCCCGUGCUGUGGGUACAAGGAGCAGCUUGGAGAGUGGAGAAGCCCGUGCUGUGGGGUAGAAGGAGCAGCUGGGAGAGUGGAGAAGCCUGUGUUGUGGGUACAAGGAGCAGCUGGGAGAGUGGAGAAGCCCGUGCUGUGGGUACAAGGAGCAGCUUGGAGAGUGGAGAAGCCCGUGCUGUGGGGUACAAGGAGCAGCUGGGAGAGUGGAGAAGGCUGUGUUGUGGGUACAAGGAGCAGCUGGAAGAGUGGAGAAGCCUGUGUUGUGGGUACAAGGAGAAGCUGGGAGAGUGGAGAAGGCUGUGCUGUGGGUACAAGGAGCAGCUGGGAGAGUGGAGAAGCCCGUGCUGUGGGUACAAGGAGCAGCUGGGAGAGUGGAGAAGCCCGUGUUGUGGGUACAAGGAGAAGCUGGGAGAGUGGAGAAGCCCGUGCUGUGGGUACAAGGAGCAGCUGGGAGAGUGGAGAAGCCCGUGCUGUGGGUACAAGGAGCAGCUGGGAGAGUGGAGAAGCCCGUGUUGUAGAUACAAGGAGCAGCUGGGAGAGUGGAGAAGCCCGUGCUGUUGGGUACAAGGAGCAGCUGGGAGAGUGGAGAAGCCCAUGCUGUGGGGUACAAGGAGCAGCUGGGAGAGUGGAGAAGCCUGUGUUGUGGGUAUAAGGAGCAGCUUGGAGAGUGGAGAAGCCUGUGUUGUGGGUAUGAGGAGCAGCUGGGAGAGUGGAGAAGCCUGUGUUGUGGGUAUGAGGAGCAGCUGGGAGAGUGGAGAAGCCCAUGCUGUGGGGUACAAGGAGCAGCUGGGAGAGUGGAGAAGCCUGUGUUGUGGGUACAAGGAGCAGCUUGGAGAGUGGAGAAGCCUGUGUUGUGGGUACAAGAAGCAGCUGGGAGAGUGGAGAAGCCCGUGCUGUGGGGUACAAGGAGCAGCUGGGAGAGUGGAGAAGCCUGUGUUGUGGGUAAAAGGAGCAGCUUGGAGAGUGGAGAAGCCUGUGUUGUGGGUACAAGGAGCAACUGGGAGAGUGGAGAAGCCCAUGCUCUGGAGUACAAGGAGCAGCUGGGAGAGUGGAGAAGCCCGUGUUGUGGGUACAAGGAGCAGCUGGGAGAGUGGAGAAGCCCGUGCUGUGGGUACAAGGAGCAUCUGGGAGAGUUUCAUGUCCGUCAACCCCAGAGGGACCCGUGUGAGGCACAUGUGUCGUCAUGGAGCACGGCAUCAACCAUAGUCCUCACACGAUGCCCCACACUGGAAUAACUGCUCCUCGUCCGUUGUGAAAGGUAGCAACUGUUUCGGAAGAGAUUUUCCAUGCCAGACCCCUUCCCGCGCCUCCCUGGAUAUCUCAGUAAUGAUGUAACAAGGAGUCUGACAGCUCAGAGCGCCAUAUCCAAACCAGAAAAGAAAACAAGGCUUUUAUAAAUUAUUUCAAUUGUGUGUAGAGUUCAAGAAAGAGAGCUCCAUUUCAUGGCAGAGACUGAUCCAUUCUAAACCUAUUGGUAAGUUGAGAAUCUGCUUUGGGAUACCUCUUGUUGGAAACAUCCAGGGACCAUGGCAGUUAAAUAUCCAAAAAGCUAUCCUCAGUUCACACCUCAUCAUUUUUGGGGGGUUAGGGUCUGGAAGCAAUGAUGAAUCUAGCAGGUUCCUACACUGCACUCAAGUGUUCUGUGUGGGCAGGAAAGUUGGAUCGUAUUAUAUGCAUUUCUCUCAAAAGAUGAAUAAACCAUAUUGAAAACAAGUCUAGUUAAAAUGUGUCUGUUAUGUCCUUCUUUGCUUCAUAAAGCUUAUUGUAUUAAUAACAAAUAGAGAAAGCUGGAAAAGGAAGGAAUUGUAGGAAGGCAAAGAGGAGGAAGAGGUGUUGAAAGAAUGAGAGUGCAUAAUAUUACAUCUGAAGAAAAGAAAAUUGUUAAUAAUAAUAAUAAUAAUAAUAAUAAUAAUAAUAGUGCUUUGAUGGAAAACCUGGAUAUGGAUCUUAAUUCUGCCACUUUCUGGUUGGGUAGAUUUUUAUUAGUGUUUAUUAUAAAUGCUUUCCAAUCAUAAGGUAUUUUUUAAAGAUUUAUUUAUUUGAGGGCGCCUGGGUGGCUCAGUUGGUUAAGCGACUGCCUUCGGCUCAGGUCAUGAUCCUGGAGUCCCUGGAUCGAGUCCCGCAUCGGGCUCCCUGCUCGGCAGGGAGUCUGCUUCUCCCUCUGACCCUCCCCCCUCUCAUGUGCUCUCUCUCAUUCUCUCUCUCAAAUAAAUAAAUAAAACCUUUAAAAAAAAAAGGAUUUAUUUAUUUGAGAGAGAGAGAGUGAGAGCUUGGGGUUGGAAGGGGCUGAGGAAGAGGGAGAGAAAAACCCAAGCAGACUCCACUCAGCACAGAGCCUGAUGCGUGGCUUGAUCUCAUGACGCUGAGAUCAUGACCUGAGCCGAAAUCAUGAGUCGGAUGCUCAGCCGACUGUGCCAACCAGGUGUCCCAUAGAAUAUUUUUUUAAACACACAAAAAAGUAUAGAGAAUGUUAUAAUGAACAGUUUCGCACCUUGCAUAACUUUUAAUAUUUUGCCUUACUUGGUUCAGUUACUUUUUUUAACUAUUAGAAUCAUUGACCACAUAUAUUGCUCCCCAUCCCCUUUCUCUCCUGCCCAUCCCAGAUGUAGUUAUUAGUCCUUACUUGGUUUUUAUUAUCCUCAUACAAACUCGUAUACCUUUAUUAGGCACUCAUGUGCAUCUGUAAACAACAUAUGGUUAUGUAAAUGGCAUAUUGUCUAUAUUCUUUUGUACUCAUUUUUUUCCCCAUACAAAAUUAUGUGUUUGAACUUCAGUCAUAUUAUAUAGAUGAAUGGUAUAAUAUAUUUUAAGUGCAGGUCAGAUUUCAUGAAACUAUCCUGCACUUAAAAAAAAUAUAUGACAUAUUUAUGCAUUCUCCUAUCAGUAACUAUCUAAUUUGCUUCUGGUAAUUUGCUGUUACAUCCAGUGCUGGAAUUUGUUUAUAAAUUACUUGGGGCUCAAAACCAGAGAUACUGAAUUGCACCCCGGGUGUCAAGAUUUUCAAGACUUUUCACAGGAGAGCCUGAGGGGCAGCCCAGGCUCCUCAUCAGACCUCUCCCAGACCAACUUAAUCAGAUAUGGGCAGCAGGUAACAGGCAUUUCUCUUUGUAAAGAACUUGUUAGAUUCUAAUGGGCACCUGGGAUUGGGAGGAGCCCCUCCUCGAGAGAAACUCUUGCAUUUGAUAGAUAAGGAAUGAUGCACAAGAGCGUUUAUUCUACUAUAUUCUGGAACAGGGAUUCUAAUGUGCAACCAGGAAUGAGAACUUCUGCUCCAGAAUACACACCUGGAGGUGCAGUUUCUAGGUGGUCCCGCUGGAAGGAGUAAAUGCAUCUUUUAACUUUGUUCAGUAUUGCCAAUCGCCCACCAGAAGAAUUAGAUCGAUUAUAUAUGCUCUCAUCGACACAUAGUAAUACUGCUCUCUUGGGAUAGAAAUGCAUGCCUUUGUGUUAUUUUGUAACUUCUUUUGUAACCUCACAGCGAGGUCAAGCUCUUUCUGGUCAUUGUCCAUUUGGGUUUGCUUUUCAGUAGAUUGCAUGCCAUAUAAUUUGCACAUUUUAAAAUGUCUUGAGGAGGGAUGCCUGGGUGGCUCAGUUGGUUAAACGUCUGCCUUCGGCUCAGGUCAUGAUCGAGUCCCUCAUCGGGCUCCCUGCUCUGCAGAGAGUCUGCUUCUCCCUCUCCCGCUCCCUCUGCUUGUGCUCACUCACCCUCUC